GGUCAUUGGCUGUGGCAGCAACUAUUAUAAGAUGCUCUGAAAACUCUUCAGACACUGAGGGGCACCAGAGGAGCAGACUAUAAGAAUGGCACACGCUGUGGAAAACUCCUGGACAAUCAGUAAAGAGUACCAUAUUGAUGAAGAAGUGGGCUUUGCUCUGCCAAAUCCACAGGAAAAUCUACCUGAUUUUUAUAAUGACUGGAUGUUCAUUGCUAAACAUCUGCCUGAUCUCAUAGAGUCUGGCCAACUUCGAGAAAGAGUUGAGAAGUUAAACAUGCUCAGCAUUGAUCAUCUCACAGACCACAAGUCACAGCGCCUUGCACAUCUAGUUCUGGGAUGCAUCACCAUGGCAUAUGUGUGGGGCAAAGGUGAUGGAGAUGUCCGUAAGGUCUUGCCAAGAAAUAUUGCUGUUCCUUACUGCCAACUCUCCAAGAAACUGGAACUGCCUCCCAUUCUGGUUUAUGCAGACUGUGUCUUGGCAAACUGGAAGAAAAAGGAUCCUAAUAAGCCCCUGACUUAUGAGAACAUGGACGUUUUGUUCUCAUUUCGUGAUGGAGAUUGCAGUAAAGGAUUCUUCCUGGUCUCUCUGUUGGUGGAAAUAGCAGCUGCUUCUGCAAUCAAAGUAAUUCCUACUGUAUUCAAGGCAAUGCAAAUGCAAGAACGGGACACUUUGCUAAAGGCGCUGUUGGAAAUAGCUUCUUGCCUGGAGAAAGCUCUUCAAGAGUUUCACCAAAUCCACGAUCAUGUGAACCCAACAGCAUUUUUCAGUGUUCUUCGCGUAUAUUUGUCUGGCUGGAAAGGCAACCCCCAGCUGUCAGAUGGUCUGGUGUAUGAAGGGUUCUGGAAAGACCCAAAGGAGUUUGCAGGGGGCAGUGCAGGCCAAAGCAGCAUCUUUCAGUGCUUUGACGUCCUGCUGGGCAUCCAGCAGACUGCUGGUGGAGGACAUGCUGCUCAGUUCCUCCAGAAGAUGAGAACAUAUAUGCCACCAGCUCACAGGAACUUCCUGUGCUCAUUAGAGUCAAAUCCCUCAGUCCGUGAGUUUGUCCUUUCAAAAGGUGAUGCUGGCCUGCGGGAAGCUUAUGAUGCCUGUGUUAAAGCUCUGGUCUCCCUGAGGAGCUACCAUCUGCAAAUCGUGACUAAGUACAUCCUGAUUCCUGCAAGCCAACAGCCAAAGAACAAGACCUCUGAAGACCCUUCAAAACAGGAAGCCAAAGGAACUGGAGGCACUGAUUUAAUGAAUUUCCUAAAGACUGUAAGAAGUACAACCGAGAAAUCCCUUUUGAAGGAAGGUUAAUGUAACCCAACAAGAGCACUUUUUAUCAUAGCAGAGACAUCUGCAUAUAUUCCUGUCAUUACCCAUUGUAACAGAGCCACAGACUAAUACUAUGCAAUGUUUUACCAAUAAUGCAAUACAAAAGACCUCAAAAUACCUGUGCAUUUCUUGUAGGAAAACAAGGAAAGGUAAUUAUGUGUGUAAUUAUAGUAGAAGUUUUGUAAUCUGUAUCUUAUCGUUGGAAUAAAAUGACAUUCAAUAAAUAAAAAUGCAUAAGAUAUAUUCUGUCAUAAUAAAUAAAAAUGCAUAAGAUAUAAUAAAUGUUGCUUCAUUUAUAACCAUAAUAAAAUAUUUCUUUGGAUG